ACCAGUAUUAAGUAUGACAAUUGAUUAUCGUCAUCCACGUUUAUAUGCUAUGUUAUCAAAUGGUGAGAUUGAAAGUUAUGCAAUUGACUCGAGUCAACCAUGGAAAACAAAUAUUUAUCGUUUUAAAGAAGUAAGACCUUAUUCAAUUGAUCUUCAUGAUGAUACACUUGUUGUUAUGGUAUAUAAUGCAAGUGAUUCAACUUAUGGUGAAAUGUGGGUAGAGAAAUUUGGAAGAAUUGUUACAGAUCAAUAUCGAAAAUUUAAAACACCAAUGAUUGUUCGUUAUAUACAUGAAUUCAAAUAUCCAACAGCGGAUAUAUCAAAUAUGGUUGAACAAGUUUGUUCCGAUUCUUCUUGUCUCAAUGGUCGCAUUUGUAUAUCAACUCCUUUCUAUCGACCACUUUGUAUUAUUCCAGGAGAAUUAAAUUUAUGUGGUUCAUCUUGUCAUAGUCGUGGCAUAUGUUCGAAUGGUCAAUGUAUAUGUUCCAAUCGAACGUACACUGGUGAUGAUUGUGAAAUGUGUCAAUUAACAAAUUCAAUAAAUGUUGGUUGUUUUCAUAUUGAAAAUGAUUCUCAACCACCAUGUAUGUGUUAUUUAUCUCAAUCAAAACGUCGACAAACACCUUAUCUAUGUACAACACUUAAAAAUGAUCGUGGUGAAAUUGAAGUUCCAUGUGAUCGUUUUAUAUCAUCAAUAAAACGUGAUCAAUGUUCACGAACAUUAUUUCUUGAAUCAUUAUGUGAAGAAACAACACACAUAUUAAUGUAUCAUAUUCAAACACAAACUUGUAUUUGUAGAGAAAUAAAUAAUAAAACAAUAAAUUGUUUUAAUAAUGGCCUUUUAAUUAUUAAUGAUAUUGAUAAUUCAUCAAUAUGUUCAUGUUCGUUACCAUUCACGGGUAAUCAAUGUGAAGUAAAUCUGUGUCAAAAUCGUUGUCAAAAUAAUGGUACAUGUACAAUAAAUGGAAGUAAUAUUAUUUGCAAUUGUCCUAAUGGUUUUUAUGGUAAUCAAUGUGAAUAUAAUAUAUGUCAAAAGACAAAUUGCCAAAACAAUGGUAAAUGUUAUAUAGAAAAUAAUCAAGCAAUAUGCCGUUGUCGACAAGGUUUUUCUGGUUCGAAUUGUCAGAUUAAAAUCAGAUUUCAAUGGCAUAGUUGGUUUUUAAUUAUAUGUGCUUGUGGAAUAUUAAUAUUUAUUGCAUAUGGUUUUAUUCGAUAUCAUUCGAAAAUGAUACGCUUAAAAUAUUUAUUUGCACAUCAUCGUCUUCAUGAACAAAUUGGUUUAGAAACAAAUUCAAAUAAUAUGAUGUAUAGUCAUGUACCAACACAAGAAACUAAUAAUCAUGAUCGAUUAUUAGAAGAUGUAUUAGCUGAUGAACUUGAAAUAUCUGUACCAACAGUAUCAAUAAAUAAUUCAAAUAAUAAAAUAGAUGAUUUUGGUGAUGAUCCAUUUUAUGUUGAUGAAAAACAACCGAUAUUUAAUGGAGAUCAUAUCAAUAGUCGAUCGACAAAUACAGGAAUUUUAUGA